CAGCUGACUCGCUGCACUAUUAUGUGAUAGAGGCUACUCGAAGAUCGGCUGUAAUUUGCCGUCAGUCAAAGUAUCUGAUAUCCGUUAUGGUUGUACAGUGCGAGACGGCUACACUCGUCCAUGCCGUUAUGCUCGUUCUAUGACUUCUGCAACACCGAAAUCCUGAGCAGUCUACAAACUUUCAGACCAUUUAAACGACAAACAACCCAAGUUGAAUCACAGACUCAGUCUGAAACAGCGGCUAAAUAGCUUGAGUAACAGCACACGAAGUUUGGUGGUACGAUAUGCCUGGCACAGCUUCACGACCAUCAGGGUCGACAGGACAGCCCCGGACUCGACAACGAAGACAUAAAUCACCGCCCGUUCUUGAUGUCCCUGACAUUGAGAAAGACGCUGCUGAGAGAAAACGGGUCCUCAAUGUUUUGGCGCAACGACGGUACCGCGAGAAAAAGCGUCUCAACAAAAAGUCUGGCUCGCAUCAUGGUGCUACAGCGCAAUCCUCUGAAUCACAGGAUGUUCCUAAAGUUGCUUCAGCGCAGGCUAGUGAGCCAACGUCUUUGGAUUCUACACAGCAUCUCUCAACCACACCACCAUCCAUAGACCAAGGCGUGGGACAGUUGGGUCUGGACUUUGAUUUGCUCCAUGAUCCAAUUGGCGUAUCUGAAGCUGAACUAGGUCUCUCUCCAGAAGAUUUGUUGGGGCUUCUAGGAAAUGAGAAGGAUGCAGACCAGUCACUUCCCGUACGGGGAGCCCUCCCAUCGUCGCUACCGGAGGCAUUGCCUUUCGCUACAAAUCUUGAUACAGCCUUCGCCGCGCAGUUCCCAUCCUUUGGUGCUUUGGAUCAACCGACGACUCUAUCGGCGAGCACCGUGUCUUCCUCGUCGACAUUGUCGUUCACGCCAUCACCAGCAGGGGAGUUCGACUUUCCGGACUCCUAUAUGCUCCCUGUUCACGAGCUCACCCUCCUCCGUGGACUGAUGCGCGUAUCGACAAGAAUAGGAUGCGACACGUCCGAGAUCUGGUCGCCGACAUGCCUCUCCCCGUUCAACACCAACACAGGCACACCGGCUGCUCUGCUCCCUCCCAACUGGCGGCCGACAUCAGCGCAGAUCACGGUGCCACACCACCCGCUCCUUGAUCUCCUCCCCUGGCCCUCGGUGCGGGACCGUAUCAUUAUGAUUCUCAACUUGCCCGACGAGGCGCGGCCGACGCAUGCGCGGGGCGCCAUGGCUCUCUUCAACUUUGCGUAUGACUUUGAAGACAGCGCCGAGGGCGCCAGAAUCUACGGCGACGAUCCUUGCGAUGGGAACAGCUGGGAGGUUGGUCAGGUGCUUUUCGAGAGAUGGUGGUUCUUGUUUGAUAGGACGAUUGUGGAAGGGAGUAAUCGAUGGAGAGCACUCAGGGGGGCUCCGCCGUUGAUGGUCAAGGAUGUGACGGAGUCAUAGGCGUAGCCGCGUACGAUAUGCCUGAAAAACAAAGAAGAAAUACUCAAUACUGGAAAGGGGGCAUGUAAUUCAAGACGUCUACAAGUAUACGUGUAUGUUCUCACAACAGCUCCCACACAUAGGACUCGCAUAUGAGCCUGGC